AUGCAUGAUGAGGAGCAAAGUGGUAGACAUGCUAUAGUACAGGUUAUUGGUAUUCCUCGUAUUCCGGAACCAAUAACUUGUGUUGUUGUUGUUGAAUCAGCACUGGUUGUUGUUGAAUUAUUGGUAGCUGUUGAAUCACCUGCUGUUGUUGUUGUUCCAGCACCGGUAAAAAUUGCUGUUGCUGUUGGAUCGGUAUUGAACUUAUCUGUGGUAUCGUUCCGCCAACUUCGUAAUUCUGCUGCUGUUGUUGUAUACAGCUGGGGGUACAAAGUGGCAUACAAAUUUCAACGCAAUGAGCUGUUAUCGGUAUUUCCUGAUGUCGCAGUAUCACUGGGACAUUUGGCUGCGAUGGUUGUGGUUGUGGAAGCGAUGGUUGUGGUUGUGGAAGUGGCUGUAGCUGUGGUGGUUGAUACUGCGGCGGAUAUUGUGGUGCCAAAUUUGGUUGCUGACAACUACAAGUUCCUGUGCAAACGCAUGACGGAGCGCAACAUUCACCCGUCCUCUUGA